ACAAAAAUGACAAAUUAUGUUAUUCACACUGCACAAAUUAAUACCCGCUCGUAUGAUGUGUGUUUUAUAUAAUACUACAACAAUAUUUUCAUCGAUGGCAAACUUGCGCAAAAAUCGCGCAAGUUUGACUUUCCUACAGAGCCUCCGUCUCUACUUCCUGUAUAUAUUUGUUAGCUAGGUUAGCAUGGAAGGUAAACGGUACUAGCAUAACAACAGCUAAGCGUCGCUGCGCUCUAAAUAAGUUCACGACACUGCUUCGGUAAUUAGUUAAUUAGUAUUUGUAACCACAUCUGAAACUCUUACACGAACUCGGAGGAAGUGUUGCAGAACGAACUUUAACCUGUAGAGUUCAGUGGUUGUUUGCAUGUAAACAAGAGGAUUUUCAUUCGGCUGCAGAGGAAAACUGUAAGUUGCGCGCUGAAGAAACUUUGCAGAGAUGUGGUUCAGUCAGCUCGGUCAAGGCCCGUACCAACAGCAGCCCGCUGGCAGUCAGACAUUUUCAGCCACAAACGUCAUGGGCAGCACCUUCGGCCCCACAGUUCCUAUAGCUGGAGUAGAGACCCCUGGCAGCGGUGGAGCUGCUUUAUCUCCCUUCAGCUUGUUGAACUUCCCACCGGUUCCUCAGGGUUCAGCCACCCCGCUCAGUCUGGAGAACUUGUCCUGUGCAUCUCCAAGUGUCAGAGAACCAGACCCAAUUUCCUAUGUGACCCUGCAGGAGCAGCGAUGCGUCCUGAGCUGGUUCCAGGGCUGGACCUCCACUCAGAGAGAGUGCUUCUUGCACGACCUUCUGGGGAAAGCUGUCCCGGGAAAAGUGUGCACCCUCCUGGACUCACUCAGCACUCUCCAGGUGAAGGACAAGCUUCCCAACAUCUUUGAGUGUCAGCUUCGUCUGUGGACCCAGUGGUUCGAGUCUUGGGGAGAAGAGGAGAGAAAUCAUUUUCUACACAUGCUGGAGGAGCAGGACCCAGAGUAUGUGGCCCACUUUUACAGUAGUGUAGCUGGAACCGCAGGAAGGGACUGAAGCGUCGCUCGUGCCAUAUCCAGAGAACUGUUUGUGUAAACUAUUAUAAUCCUUAGUGAAAGCUAUUUUUACAGAAAUUUGUAAAGUUUCCCAAGGUUGUUAUAAUCAUCAUUAUUAUUAUUUUUAAAUGUGAAGUUGAAGCUCGUAUUUGGUGUACACUUGAAAUAAAACUAAAGAAACAGAAAGUAACGAGUCUCCUCUAAUUGGGUUUGAUACACUUAAAGACGUGUUUGGUGAAGACACCCAAAUAAAAGAAUAAACACAGUGAA